ACUGUCCCCAAAAUUCACCGUCUUUGAUAAAGAUAAACAGAGCGACCGAUAUAAAAGUCAGACACUCUGCCAAGUUCAAGAAGAUCCGGAGGCUUUGGACGAGAUAACGAUGAAGGCCCUGAUAUUACUAGCUUUGGUUGCAUUCUGUAGCGGACACAAAGUCCACUUUAGUAACAAUUGUUACAAAGAAGUAUGGGUGGGUGUUCUUGGCAGCUCUAUCCCUGACCAAGGAGGCUUUAAGCUUCUCCACGGACACAGUCACACUGUUUACCUCCCAUCUCAUUGGUCCGGAAGGUUCUGGGGACGUACCGGAUGUAGUGGAUCUCGCUGUGAGACCGGUGAUUGUGGUGGAGGUCGACUUCAUUGUAGCGGAGCUGGAGGAGUCCCCCCGGUCACUCUCGCCGAAAUCACCUUUGACGGUGCCGGAAACCAAGACUUUUACGACAUCAGUCUGGUUGACGGUUUUAAUCUUCCAUUGAGCAUGCGCCCAAGAAGUGGAACAACAGAGGGACCUUCAGGGGCAUAUUAUUGCAAGCCUGCUGGUUGCUACACAGAUAUUAACAACAUCUGUCCGAGUGGUAUGAAGCUUUACGGAUCUGGCGGAGUUGUAGCUUGCAAAAGCGCCUGUUUAGCGUUUGGAAGAUCAGAGUACUGCUGCAGCGGAUCUCACAACACACCACAGACAUGCCCAAAUUUCUCCUACGCUCAAACCUUUAAGAGUGCUUGCCCGCAAGCCUACAGUUACGCCUAUGAUGACAAUAAGAGUACUUUCACCUGCCGUGGCGCCGGGGGGAGUCAGUCUGAAUAUGAUAUUACUUUCUGCGGAUAGAAUAUCAAUCCUAACAUACAUCGCAGUGACGAUCUUAGAGUUUUACAUGUGUUUUGUUAUGAAUACUUUAGUGUUACUGAUUAAAUUUACAAAAUCAUUUAAAAA